AUGAGUCCGGAAGGCAAAGCUUUAAUGGAAGCAGUAUCUAAAGGACAAUUGCGCUUAGCUCGUGUACUCAUUGACGGAGGAGCAUAUAUUAAUUCCAAAGAUGAAAACAAGCAAACUCCUUUAAUGGUAGCUUGCAGAAAUAACGUUAAAUGGACUGAAUCUGGAGAAAAAAUGAUCAAGUUUAUUCUGGACAGAAAUGCUGACCCGAAUUGUACAGACUAUCGUGGUAAUACAGCAAUUAUUUUAGCUUGCCAAAAUUUUACUAAUGCGAAUAUUAUUAGGAUGCUAUUGGAACAUCACGCGAAAUCGCAACUGAUUAAUCAUGACGGCGAUACAGCAUUAACAUCAGCCAUAAGAGCCAACAAUACGGACGCUGUAGUAACAUUGCUAUCGUAUUUUAGAAAUAACAGAAUAUCAUUAAGGAAGGACGAACGAAAGCUCUUAGAAAGCAAGUACGGUAGUCAUAAGUUAAAAGAUCUUGUUGACAAGCUGAAAAUGCAGCCGAAUAGUGAACUAAUAGAAUUCAGUCAAGCAGACAGAUUAGAUUAUCGUGAUUCUUCUGUCUUCUGUAAUAAUUCGAGUCAAGGACUUCAAUCAUCCGAUAUUUCAAUAGUAACCGAAAGCACGAAUUUUUUUUCGAUGAGCAGUGAAUAUUGGCAUAAUCGUAAUUCUGCCAUUAUAACUGAUACUAAGAGUAGUCAAAAAUUAUAUGGAUUAUCAACUGAAAAAUGUUCUGAAGAUCUCGUAAACAGGCCAAAUAGUAGUGCGCUGCCACAACUACAGAGAAAGGAUCAUCCAGAAAUUUAUUCUAAUAAUUUCAGAUCUCGUCAUAACAGCGAUGUGGCCACUGAUGCACUACAUGGCAAACCGCAUAAAUUAACGUUUUAUAACGAUCAAUUGCCGCACAGCUUGCCCUCUGAGCCUUUAUUUUUAUUUGAUCAAGGGAUACUGCAACACUCUAGCUCAAUGAACGAGCGAAACCUUUUUCACUAUCAAAAUGAACUGUCAAAACAUCCAUUGCAUCCCCUUGAGUCGGAAUCGCGAAUCAAGCGAAGAAAUACACUUCCACCUCUACGCUCAAAGGCUUUAAUGGUAGAGGAAAGACCCUAUAGUGAUAAUAUUAACACUGAUCAAAUAUCACCGACUAGCAAGCAAAAGUCUUACCAAAAGUAUAAGAUGAGAAACGUUGCCUUUGAUAAUGAUGAAUCUACUGUAAUUUAA